AUGGCCUUUGUGACUGAUCUCAGUACGCUUGUCGAUGCCUUGAUCACCUCCGUCGCUAAGAUAUCACCAGAGCAGAAGGGGUCUGCGCGUGCUCAGGGUCUGAAGCGUCGAGUACAAGGGAGUCUCCGCACUGGUUCUCAUACGCGCACCGACCAGUUUGCAGUCGCCAAGCAACUCGAGGGACUACAGGAAAAGUUUCAAAUCUUAAAUAGAGAUGAACUUGCUGAUGCCCUUCAAACCCGUCUUGCGGAGCUAGAGAGCGACCGGAGCUCCUGGCUCCCUGAGAUUCUGAGUCUCUUACUACAACUCUCAGAUCGUCCUGCCCUUUUGUCUACGGUCAAGCGUCCGGAAGAAGGGAUCAAGGCCCCAGAAGCCAAAGAGACUCUUUCUUGGUCGGACCUUAAUGCAGAUGGGACGGCAUUCAGUGACGAAGAAAUUUGGGAACAGGUAGACUUUGCUGGUGACUCAUCAGAUGAAGACUUUUCAUCCGUUACCAGUGAUAUAUCUCUUCCAAAGCACAGGCCUCAAUCCGCCACAACAGUGGAUGAAGGGUACACUAUUCCAGAUGAUGCUUUUGUCCCGGCAGAGGAUGGGGAUUUUGCUGCCUCUCUGGAAAAGGCUCAAUUUUGGAGAGCGCUACCCCAAGAAGCAGCCACCUCACGACAUAUCACAGAAUCCCAACUUGCUAGAGAGACUCUAUUUAUGCUUCAGGGCCUUCCGACUUCCAUUUAUGUACGUUUGGAUGAUGAACUUGGAGUGGAUCGAAGAUACACUCUCGCACAUUCAUCCAACGAAGCCCUAUCGUCACUUUUGCAGUCUUUCAGCGAGAUAGGAGCCAAACUCAACGCUAUGAGAUGUUUCAACAAGCUCCCACAGACAAUUCCAUACAUGCAAACAUUUUGCCGAGGCUUAGAAGAGCGUCUUCUUGAAUUCGAUAGAGUCUUAUCUCAAGUUCAGUGCAAAUACCUUUCUGCCGGGUCAACUGUUAGUCUAAUCCAGCUUCUCGUUGACGUCCGUCAACACUCUCACGAGCUAGUAUUGCUCGCAGAAAUGAUCGCCAAUCUAGGCAAAAACUUGACUGAUAAACAUCAACCAAUGUGCUGCCUCGAUUCGUUAUACGAUGUAAUAUGCAUGUUGGAAGCGAUUGGCGAUGAGAGUUCGUCUCAAAGCCUGGCAGAGCUAUUCUUUAUGUGUUUCAAAACAUAUUCAAGCUCGAUCCGACUCUGGAUGGAAACGGGUCAGGUUGACACUUCGGACAGCACUUUCUUCGUGCGAACAAAUCGUGAGAACGGAGAUUUACGAACUCUUUGGCAUGACUGGUUUGUACUUGAUACGGGCCACAAGCAGCAGAGCAUCCCCCAGUUCCUCGAGGCUGGUGUGCAGAAAGUUUUUACGGCGGGGAAGAGCAUGGUAUUUCUGCGCCAUCUGAAUGCGCCACCAGACAUUGAAGCCCUGAGAUUCGAGGACCUCUAUUCCCAAGAUUCUUCAUUACUUCCUUUCCCCGCAUUAGUAGAGUCUGCUUUUGAAAAGCUUGUGGAUGUGGAUCAUUCAGUCAGUGCUAGCCUAUUACGAACGGAACUCGAUCAACAAUGCGGAUUAUGGACCUCCCUUGAUGCUCUUCAUCAUGUCUACCUCGCCAAAGACAUGAGCGCCGUCAGCAUAGUUGAUGACAAAAUAUUUGAGUUGAUCGAUAGGGGUCGUUCCUGGGAUGACAGGUUCCUGCUCACUGAGAUAUCAAGGACGGCUUUCAGUUCAAUAUCCGCCAUUGACACAUCAAAACUCCUUGUGCGGCCGACUGGUACUCCAUCACAAGUUUCUCAAAAUAAUCCUCGAACUGUGGGGAUUCUGGAAGCAAUCUCAAUUGAUUAUGGCCUCCCGUGGCCUAUUGCGAACAUAAUCACCGAGGAUGCGAUACACACUUAUCAACGCAUCUCGACCUUCCUGAUGCAAAUCAGGCGCGCUAAAUAUGCCAUUGUGAGACAGCGUAUUCGUGACGCCCGCAUCGCCACACUUGACGAUAAUGAAACAUUGGUGCACGCUCUACACCAUAACAUGCUCUGGGUCCUCGAUUUAAUCUACGGCCAUCUGACAUAUCUUGUCAUAUCCACCGCAACCCAAUCUCUACACAAAGAUUUAUCUGGCGCACCAGACGUCGAUGCCAUGAUAGCCGCCCAUCAAUCCUACGUAUCCUCUUUGGAAGCCCAGUGCUUCCUCUCCAAAAACCUAUCACACAUUCAUGACGCAAUCAUCGAUUUACUUGACCUGUGUGUUCAUUUCGCAGAUCUACAAGCCGCGCACUUGCUCGAUGAAGAAGACCAACAUCUGGAGAACCCGAAGGCACCGCGCACAAAGGGAGACUCCGAAGACGAGUUCGACUCCGACUCCGAUGAUGAGGACUACGACGAUAUGAACCACGAACACACGCUCACAGUCUCAUUUCGUGAUUCGACUUACAGCCAACGGAUGAGAACGGUUAGAAAUCAGUUCAACCUUUUGACAACAUUUGCAACGGAUGGCCUGAAAACGUUAGCUCGUGCAGAUGGAACUCAAAGCUGGGGUAUUCUAGCCGAUAGGCUCGAAUGGAGGAGAAAUUGGCGUAGGCUUUGA